AUGGGUCUGGUGGGCAGGGGCGCAGGGCAGGCCGAGAGAGAGUCCGGGCAGUCAACGCUAGCCCAGUGCUGGGGACACACGCGCUCGCCGCCGUCCAUCUCGCCGCCGAACGCCGCAGCCAAGCCGAGUCGUGCCGGCGUGGCUUCGACCCGCCUGCCUCAGGACCCACCGCCACCAGGAACUAUCAGCCGCGGCAGGAGGACCCCGACCGCCGCGCUCCCGCCCCCGAGGCUACCCCGCCCACGGCACACAGGUCGGUUCCUUGCUCGCCCUUUGGAGUCGGAGUCGUGGCGGCCCCGCAGCGGCGCUCGUGCGGAAGGGGAUCAUAAUUCACAAGGAAGACGUCCUGGCGCGCCCCUUGCCACAAGGGCUCCCCGCACCUGGCCGCCCUCGCCCUGCGCUCGCACUUCGCCGCCAGCGCCGCGGGGCCUCUGCCACUCGACCAGUACAUAUGACCCUCGACUGCGAGUGGAGCCGACACUUUGUCACGCCCACAGUCACACACACAUGGCCGCCACAUACGCCACCACAAGCCGUGGCCGACACCUUGAUGAACACCUGAUGCCCCCAACCCCUCUCACCCCAACGCAACACUGA